AUGAGGGAUGGUGUGUUUUCAUAUGUUCAUUUAGACAAUGCUAAUAAAGUAUUGUAUAUGGAAAGAUGGAGAGAAGAACCAAUUCCAUUUGAUGAUAUUGAAACUCAAACUUUAAUAGAGGCAACAUCAAAUCAAUAUCCUCAGUUGUUUUUAGAUGAAGAAGAAGAUGAUGAUGUCAUGUAUCAACCAACUCCAAUCUUUGGAUCAAAAGUAUUAAAGAAUCGACACUUAAAGGAAAAGAUUUGGUCUGAUUUACGUCUUCAAGAAACAUUCAUAGAACCAUCACCACUGACUACAUCCAGGAUUAAAGAUAAGACGAUGGUACCUCCAAUUGCUUAUGCUGAAGAUAUUGCCAGUGAUUUAUCAUUGGCUGAUUUCCUAUCAAAUGGUUAUAAUUUAUUACCUGCUGUUCAUAUCAAUGAAUCAUCACCUGGUAAUUUAAGUGAUAGUAUAAUGGGUUUCCAUCAUGGAGAUAUCACUGGUAAUUCUACAUCUGAUUUAAUGGGAUCUUCAAAUAAUACUUUUCUUAAUAUGAGAAGUAGUUCAAUUAAUAAUCCCACCUUAGGAGAUCAGUCUCACCCACAGCAACAACAACAACAACAACCAUUAGAAACUCCAAGAUCAGGAAGAGUUCGUCAAUUAUCUGAUAAGAAUUUCCAAACUCCAAUUUCUAGAAUUGUGAGAUAA